AUGCCUCCGAGUCGUUUGGAUGCCGUUUAUAGAAGUAUCCUUCUGACAAAAUUCUUUACAAAGGGAUGGGGCAAUCCUCAGAAUUUGAAAAGGAUAUUCGAGUUUAGGAAGGUCAUAGCCAACCGAGAAACCUGUUACAAUCUCAUACCUCGUAAUUAUCCGAUAAACAUAACAAAGGACGAACAAUGGUCGGACUGUCAUAUAAUAGAAGGUUCCUUUACUUCCCCUUUUGAUCUGUAUCUAUCAGGAAUGAUGCCAGAGAAAACAAAAACUGCAUAUUUCCAAGUUAUUUUACCGCGUGGAUGGGACUCUUAUAAAGUAAAACCCAUUUGUUUGCAUCUUGCCGGUACAGGAGAUCAUUUUUUUUGGCGGCGGAGGAACUUGAUUGCCAAACCGUUGCUUAAAGAAUCUGGAAUCGCUUCUAUACUUCUGGAAAAUCCGUUUUAUGGAUUAAGAAAGCCAAAAAAUCAAAUACGCUCGAGUCUACAUAAUGUGAGCGACAUAUUUAUUAUGGGUGGAUGCUUAAUAAUGGAGUCGAUUGUUUUAUUGAAUUGGUGCGAGCAACAAGGAUUCGGACCGUUGGGUCUGACAGGUCUAUCGAUGGGCGGACACAUGGCAUCGUUGGCCGCUACAAACUGGCCAAAACCCAUAGCCCUGGUACCGUGUCUUUCUUGGUCGACAGCCUCGCCUGUCUUCACAGAAGGCGUUAUGAGUGCUUCAAUAAACUGGAAUCUCUUAGAAAGCCAAUAUUUCUCUAAUGAAAUUUAUCAGAAUGAUCUUGCAAAAAUGGUGAAAGUCAUCGAAGAAGAGGAAGCAUUCUUGGCUGGGCAACAUUUCGCGAAACAUUAUCCUGCUAGCAUGAACAGAAUAAAUAGAUUGAAGAAUGAAUUUCGAAAGAGUAAUGACGAAGAAGACGGUCUUAUUACUUCUGGGGACGAUGCUGGACCGAAUGACAAUAAAAUUAACGAGAAAAUUGAGAACGAAAUUGAUAAUAAUUGCCUAGAUAGUGCGUAUAAGAGGAGCAAAGGAAACGAUAUGAUGCGUCAAGUAGCAGAGGAAAAAUCCGCGGCGAAAUUGUUUUCUCUGAACCUUAUAUCGAAGAAAUUUAAAUCAAACGAUUUAGAGGCACCCAAGGGUAUUUGUUUAUUUCCCGUAUCGAAGCACCCACUAUUUUCAGACGGGAAGUGGCGCGAGAGGGAAGCCUUGCAAUUUAUGCGUGGUAUAAUGGACGAAUGUACGCAUUUAAAAAAUUUCGAAGUUCCUGUCGAUACGGAACUCAUAAUAGCUGUCUGUGCGCGUAACGAUGCUUAUGUUCCACGAGAUAGUUGUAUGAGUUUAGAAAAAAUUUGGCCUGGAGCUGAGAUACGCUACAUCGACGCCGGUCAUGUGAGCGCAUAUCUUCUUCAUCAAAAAGUCUUUAGAUCAACAAUUGCCGAAGCAUUUCAGCGGUCAUUGAAAAAAUAUCCUCUAGACGUUAGUUGACAAUACGUGAUAUUUUUAUGACAGAGGAAAUAGUUGAAAAUUUAUGUUUAAAAUAAAGAAAACGAAUAUCUAAUCGUCGUUAAAAAAAGUCAUCGUUAAUAUGUC